AUGUUAGCAGCAGUGGCAAAUUCACUUGGCCAAAACGUCGACGACUCGGCUCCUAGUUUUUCAACACUGAGGCGCAUGCGUGAAAAAAAUCGUUUAAAAUCUGCUGAAGAAUUAAAAAAAUCGAUCAAAAUACAGGCUCCACUCACAGUCCACUGGGACAGCAAAUUAAUGCCAUCUGGUUCAGGAAGAAAAUUGAUAGAUAGGUUGCCGGUCAUAGUCACAAACUCAGAUAAAGUGGAACAACUUCUUCAAGCGCCUGCAAUAUCCAGUUCCAGCGGAAAACAAAUGGGAAUUGCUGUUUUUGAAUCGCUCAAGAACUGGAAUUUGGAAAAAAUAAUUUGCGGGAUGGGUUUCGAUACCACGAUUUCCAAUACCGGAAAUAAAAAUGGAGCGUGUGUAUUACUGCAAAAAAUAAUAAUGAAAGAUUUGCUUUAUUUUGCUUGCCGACACCAUAUUUUCGAACUUGUACUGGAAGCUUGUUUUUCAAUGUGCAUGCCUUCAUCGUCAGGUCCAAAUAUUCAACUUUUUCAAAGAUUUCAAAAGAAUUGGAAUAUGUUAAAAAGAAGUCAGCCGAGGGACGAUUAUAAAGAAUUGCUGGAUUUAGUAUUGACAUUCAUAGGUCAUAACAAAAAACCCACAUUUAGAGCCCCUGGAGCUUUCCACCGAGCCCGUUGGAUGGCGAAAGCUAUUUACGUUUUAAAAAUUUUUAUGUUUCAAACUCAAUUCGCUCUGACAAGGGUAGAAAAAAAGUCUCUCAGUAGGAUUGCAUCCUUUAUCGUGUCCACUUAUGUAUUUGGCUGGUUCGAAGCUCCUUUUCCAAUUCGUGCUCCAGAAAACGAUGUGCGGUUUUUAAAAAGACUUUUGUCCUAUGAAAAAGUUGAUCCCGAAGUAGCUCAAGCUGCAAUCAAAAAGUUUUCGGGUCAUCUAUGGUAUUUAGGAGAAGAAAUGAUUUUUCUCUCUCUAUUUGAUAAUAGAGUAGAUGAAAAAACAAAAAAACAAAUGGUUGAAGUAUUUAAAACUGGAAAUCCCUGUUUUGUUAAAGAAAAUCUCACACCCAUCGAAAGCAGAAAAAUAAAAGCAAUUGUUUGUAAAAGUGAUAUUGAAAAUUUAAGGUUAGAACACUUCGUUUCAGCCAGAAGCAUCCGGUUUUUUGAAAUUUUGAAUAUAGAUUCGAAGUGGCUUCUGGAAAUAGACCCAAUGAAAUGGGAAGACGAUAAAAGCUACCAAGAUGCGAAACAUGUGGUUAAAAGUGGUCAACGAUGUUGCAGAAAGGGGGGUUUCCUUGGUCCAAAAAUAUAA